GAGGGGAACUGAUAUAUUAGAGUCAGUAUAUGCAGAUAUUGUCUUCCUCAAUGUCAGGAAUGCUUAGACGGUCCGGCUUGGUCUGGCAUGUUCCAGUACUCUCGACCCAUCUCCUCCUAAAUAUACGUACGGAAUUGGUAGAAGAACAUUAGACUCGAAGACUAUUACCGCGCCGGCCAUGGCACCAAAGAUAGAGAUGGAUUUUGUGACAUCCACCCCUAUGUCACCAUCUGGGGAAGAUUCGGUCGAACCGACGACGAUCACGGAUACUUUUGAUAUUACCCCGUCGACUGCUGCGUUUCCGCUCUUUCUCCCCCCCUUGACUACGAUAUUUACGCCUCCAACACGUUGUCAGGGUCGAUACUACGUGACAGAGACAGAAGGAUUCGACCUUAUUAGGGAUAUCUACAGCGGUUCUGAGGACGCGCUAUAUCAAUCAUGUCAACCAUUCCCGGAUUUGUCUGCCACUUUCUAUAGUCCAGCAGCUUGCCCGCACAAUAUGGAUAUCGCGAUGACUUUAGUUGACAUAGGUGGAACUGACACAACGAGGGUGGAUAUUUGUUGCCAAAGUGGGUUCACCGUCUGGGAAAUCCAUUCCUGUUACUCGCUAGUUUCGACGACAACUAUGGUCCUCUCGGCCCCUACAGCGUCCGACCAUAAUGAUUUUGUCCUAGUCUCCUCAGUAACUGCAUGGCAUACUGCCAUACUGGCUGCCUGGGAACUCGCUGACCUACCACUUUUCCCUUCGGAAGUGAGCAGUAGAAAAUCAUCCAUAGCGAAGUAUGGAUGGGCAGGGCCUUCAACUAGUACGACAUCGGUACCGUUGGCAUCAACAAUGCUGGAGAGCAGUUCACCUGCACCAGAAGAUAGUGACAAGUCUGAAGGCAUAUUAUUGAAUCACGGGGUAAUUGCUGGCAUAGUUGUCGCAGCUGUCGCUUUUCUUGGUUUUGCCGUGGCGUCAAUCUAUGCUUACAGACGGCUCCGUCAACGACAAAAUAGACCUGGUGGAAUGGGCACGGUGUUGCCUGAUAAUCGAGGCACUUGGCUAGGGAAUGCAUGGAGAACUGAAAUGAGUUCACCAGCAACUCCUAGCCAACUUCCUACAGAUGAAACCCGUGGCCAAGGUCCCGGGAAGCCAACACCAGUUGAGCUGGAUAGUGGGUCGGCGAUAAGCCCAAUACAGAGUCAGGGGUGCCGAAGCAUUGUGUCGUCUAUCUCACACCAAGUUGCCUCGCUCAGCCCGGCACUUGUCACAAAGUCAGCUGAGAGUAAAGACCAUGGGGAAGGAACAGAAGCAGGGGACAAGGAGCCGUGUCAGAAGAAUUGAGAAGAUUGUAUAGAUACGCGGUUUUUUUCGGCACAUGCCAUCGAAGACCUGGAUAUCCAGACUCAACGGCAUUCGCUGGCCCCGCGUGCGUCAUCAGAGCAAGAAAAAAAAAAAAAGACUCAUGUAGCUGUGCAUUUU